CCUAACCGAACGUUAUUUGUCAAGUUGCUCUAUUUGCGAAAUUUAAAAUUUUUAAAUAAACAGAACCAUAAAGCGAAUGACCUGUUACCAAUGACCAAAAUUUGAAACGCGAACUCACAGCUGCUUUGCUCUAUACUAAAUCUAUGAAAGUGUCGCGCAAACAUUAUAGGUUUUAGUUACUUUUUGUAAGAUAGUUAAUGUUGGUUCAUUAUCAUGGAUGUAGAAGACUUGUUCUACGAUGAAAAAGAUGAUUACUUGUUCCAAGAUGAUGCAUUUUUUGAGAAAAUGGAUGAAGACCUUGAUUAUGCUUUUGCUUUAUCACUUCAAAUGCAGUACAAUGAAGAACCUGGAAGUUCUAAAGAGUCUUGCCAAUCCAAAGAGACAGAAAAAGGAAAGCAUGACAAGAGGCCUUUGUCUAUUGUUGAUGAGCAAUGGGAAUUAAUUGACCCACAUCCUGAUAUUCGUUGCCUAUUUUUGGAAUAUAAUACUAAAUUUUUUUAUGGGAAGUUAGAAGGUGUUGAAGUGAAAUGGAGUCCACGCAUGAAACUAUGUGCUGGUGUGUGCAGCUAUGAAGGCAGAGGAGGCUUGUGCUCUGUUCGAUUGAGCUUGCCACUGCUAAAAUUACGCCCAAGACGAGAUUUAGUUGAAACCCUUUUGCAUGAAAUGAUCCAUGCUUAUUUGUUUGUAACACAUAACAAUAAAGAUCAUAAUGCUCAUGGACCCGAAUUCCUCAAACAUAUGUAUAGAAUUAAUAAAGAAACUGGAGCCAAAAUUACAGUAUAUCACAGCUUUUUUGAUGAAGUUGAUCUGUAUCGUACUCAUUGGUGGAAAUGUGACGGACCUUGUCGGAACAGAAAACCAUUCUAUGGCCUAGUAAAAAGAUCUAUGAAUCGUGCACCAGGUCCUACAGAUAUGUGGUGGUCCCAGCAUCAAGCAACAUGUGGUGGUAAAUUUGUUAAAAUAAGAGAACCUGAAAGCUCCAACAAGGGGAAACUAAAGUUGAAUGAGAAUAAAAGAAAGCUUUCUUCACUUGACAAUACAAGUUUCUUCACAAAGAAAUCUGAAAAGCAGGGUAGUUUGAUAUCUGGUGAUUCAAAAAAUUCUAAAGAGAAAAAAAUAUGUACUGAAGUUGAAGCUGUAAAAAUUUUUGGAAAAGAAGAUAAUGUUGUUGGCAUAAAUACAACUGGAAAACCUUCCUCAGCAAAAUCUAAUAAAAAUGUAAUUCCUUUCACAGGAAAAGGUUUUACUUUAGGCACAAUUUCUGAAUCAUCUAAGACUAAAUCAGUUUUAUUGGACAAGUUUACAAAACCUACGAAGCUUGAGAAUGCCAAGAAUAAUUUUCCAAAACAAGUUAAAUCAAGUUACCCUCAUUCAAGGAUAAGCGAAGUAGCCGAAUUCAAAGGAAAAACAGAAUCAGCUGAAAAUCAAAAUCCAUCCUUCAGUUCUUUAAGAAAUUCAACUAUGUUAAGUAACUCAUCAAAAAACUUUGUUCAAAGCUCUAUGACAAGUUUUUGUUCCGUUUCCUCAUUGAAGAAUGCUCAAAAGGAUUCAUUAAGAAAAGUUGAAGGAACCCAGUCUUCUGUCAGUCAAGUCAGUUGUCCUGUUUGUCGAGUGUUGGUGGGAAGUAGCGAUAUCAAUUCCCAUUUAGAUCAGUGCCUUUUACAGUGUGACUCUUUUUGAACUUUUAGUAAUUUAAGUAUUUUUAAGAUCAACUUUUCUACAAAAGACUUUUUAAGUGUGAAUUGUAUAUAAAAAUAUUUUAUUUGAUGUUACGAUUUUAAU